UUGAAUCAUUUCUUCAUUACUACUUACUUAGAAAAGAAGAAAAGAAAUUUCAUUUGGAUUCUUCUGAUCGUAUAGUCUUUACAAUUGAAAAAGAAAAAAAGAGGAGAGUGCUUUUUUCCUUUUCUUUUCUAGGAUUCUCAUGUCAUCUUUUUUGUAACUUCAUUUUUUUUUUUGUUGGGAAUUUGAUUAGCGGGUAAAGAGAAACCCUUCCCCCCUAGGAAACUGCAUGGAAAUCUUAUGUAGCAACACCUCAUUCGCUUUACCAAAGGCUUUGGCAGGCUGCUACCGCCCUGGCGCCCUGCUUUAUCCAAGUUCCAAUGGACUCGGCUGGCCUUCGGUACUUCUAUUUUCUAGUGACAACCAACGACCACAAGGUCAAAAGCCUGUCUUCUGCCUUCUAUUUCUAUGAGUUUGGUCUGGCGCUGGCCCCUAAUAACCUUUUCUUUUUUCCUUUUAACUUUUCCAUUGUCAAUGAUUUUCCACGCUUGAAUAUUAAACAAUUUCCAUUGUCUUUAUAAACUCUGAAGCCCUCUCUCCUUCUUCUUCAUCAAAUCACUCUCCUCAACCUUUCUCUUGAAGAAACAUGACGACCCGUUUCAAAUCUCCCAUGGAAAUAACCAUUUCCACCCUUGUUUUCCUCUUCUUCUUCUUCUUCUUCACCCUAUCUUCUGCUGGAGACAUGUCCAUCACAACCUUAAACCAAAACCAUCCCUCAUCAACAUCAUCAAGCUGGAGAAGCCAUGAUGAGGUGAUGAGCUUGUACAAAUCUUGGGUCCUGAAACAUGGCAAAGCAUACAACGGUGUCGGAGAGGAAGAGAAAAGAUUCGAGAUCUUUAAGGAUAACUUGAAAUUCAUUGAUGAACAUAACUCUAAGAACAUGACGUACAAGCUUGGGUUGAACAAGUUUGCAGAUUUAACUAACCAAGAGUACCGUGACAAGUUUUUGGGCAUGAGGAGUGAGCCUAGGCGUCGAGUCAUGAAGUCCAAGAACCCCAGCCAACGUUACGCUUCCCGUGCCGGUGACAGCUUGCCGGAGUCAGUAGACUGGAGAGAUCAUGGAGCUGUUAAUCCGGUCAAGGAUCAAGGCUAUUGUGGAAGUUGCUGGGCAUUCUCAACCAUUGCAGCAGUGGAAGGCAUAAACAAAAUUGUCACCGGCGAACUAAUCUCUCUAUCAGAACAAGAACUGGUAGAUUGUGACCGAUCCUACGACGCAGGUUGCAAUGGUGGCCUGAUGGACUAUGCCUUCCAAUUCAUUAUGGACAACGGUGGCAUUGACACUGAAGAAGACUAUCCUUACCUUGGGGUUGAUGACCAAUGUGAUCCAACUAGGAAGAAUGCUAAGGUUGUUAGCAUUGAUGGGUACGAGGAUGUUAUUCCCUAUGAUGAGAGCGCUUUAAAGAAAGCUGUGGCACAUCAGCCUGUGAGUGUUGCCAUUGAAGCUGGUGGCAGAGCUUUCCAAUUUUAUGAAUCUGGAGUUUUCACUGGUGAAUGUGGAUCAGCAUUAGACCAUGGCGUGGUUGCUGUCGGAUAUGGCACGGAUGAUAAUGGUGAGGAAUACUGGAUUGUGAGAAAUUCAUGGGGCAGCAGCUGGGGUGAAGAUGGAUACAUAAGGAUGGAGCGUAAUGUUGAUGCCUAUACUGGCAAGUGUGGCGUUGCGAUGGAGGCUUCCUAUCCUAUUAAGAAUGGGGCAAACGCCAUCAAACCUUACUGGAGUAAUGAAACCACUGAGAAGAUCAGCAGUGCUUGAAAUCUUUGCUGCAACCUGCAGUUCUAAUUGGAAGUUAAAAUGUCUCAGCUGCUUGUUUUGGGCCAUCGGAGAGGAACACAAGGACUGAAUGAUGCAAAUAAUGGUGCUUGCUGUGAAAAUUCCCUCUCUAUGUCUUGUCGGUCUAAGUUAUCCAUAGGAGUGGAGGCCGUUUAUGUUGUUUGGAUUGUCAUUGUUAUACAUAUAUAUUUUCAUUUAUCAAAACAACUGGAAAAACUGGUAUUGUUGUGAUUACUGCAAUUUUAAUUCAAAAGUCUUUAUCUUUCUUUGCCAAGCACUUCUCUCUAGCAAUUAGAUCAACUACAUAUGCUGAUAUUGUUUAUAGCUUAUGUUGCUUCUUACCCAUUUCUCUCUUCUUCAUUUUUCCUUCAUACCAAACAUGAUUGAUUAAUAUACAUAGAAAGCAAUUAUUCGAAUUGCUUGAGGUG